UCCAAUCAUUUUUUCUUGGAAUUAAUCCAGGAGGCAAGAUGUUAGGCGGCUAUGAUAUAUAUACAUGACUAAGCUCGGGUUUAAUUUGGUUGUAGAGCACAGGGAAGCAUCCAAAUCAACUCAAAAGAAGGAAUUUGAGAGAGAGAGAGGAUGGGGAGGUCCCCUUCUUGUGAUGAGAAAUAUGAGCUCAAGAAAGGACCAUGGACACCUGAGGAAGAUCAGAAGCUUGUAGACUGUAUCCAAAAACAUGGUCUUGGAAGUUGGAGUGCUUUUCCUAAGCUAGCAGGCCUUAACAGAUGUGGAAAGAGCUGUAGGUUAAGAUGGACUAAUUAUUUGAGGCCUGACAUCAAGAGAGGAAAGUUUUCUCAAGAAGAAGAGCAAACCAUUCUGCAUUUCCAUUCCAUCCUUGGAAACAAAUGGUCAGCAAUUGCGACGCAUCUACCAGGGAGGACAGACAAUGAAAUCAAGAAUUUCUGGAACACACAUUUGAAGAAGAAGCUGAUUCAAAUGGGUUUUGAUCCAAUGACUCAUCAACCAAGAGCCGAUAUUUUUGCAAACUUGCCUCAUCUAAUAGCCAUGGCUAACCUUAAGGACCUCAUAAACCAACCCUUGUUAGGAGCUGAUCAAUUGGCCAACCUUCAAUACCUACAACAUCUUCUCCAAUUUGCAGACUCAUCAUCAGUAACUUCAAGCCCAUAUAGCCAAAACAGCAUUACAGAUCACAUUGAUGCUCUCAGUUUAUGGAAUUCAAUUCCUCCAUUGAAGCAAAACCCAGUUCUAAAUUCAAGUUAUUCAACCCAAGUAUUGCAAAAUCAAGCACUAUUUUCCAUUGAAAAUGCAACUUCUUCUCAACCACUCCACCACAACAAUCCCAUCAUCACCUCAUUGAAUAUUCCAGUGUCAGACCCACAAGUCCCUUUCUGUUUCCAAACACCUUUGACUAGUGGUAUUAACACUGCAAUGAUCAGCCAUGAAGAUGAUAAACCACCAAACUCUCCAUGGCUUCUUCCAUCUCCAACUUCUUCAGGCACUCUGCCAAUAAGCGAGGUGUCGAUAAGCAAUCCUGGAGAUGGAUGCAGCGUUUCUAGCUAUGGUGGUGGAGGAGCCUCUUCUUCCUGUUGGACUGAACUGUUUUUUGAGGAACCAUUCAUGCAUGAGAUUUCUUAGUUUUGAAGUCAAUUUGAGUGAUUUUGUUCAUACAGAUGGACAUAUAUAUAUAUGUGUAUGGAGGCAUUUCAAAUUUACAAUUUGUACGCUUGUACAUAUUUUUGUAAAGGUAGUCAUUUGAUUUGAUGAGUUGCGAAAUUUAAACUCCAAAACUACAAUUAUGAUGCAAAGCAAAAUGUUAUAAUCGGUUAAGAUCAGAUCAGACGAUCAAUUGUUUUAGGUUGA